CGAACCUAACCUAACAUUUUCACGUGGCUUGGGUAGGAUUUGUUUAAAAAAAUUAUUAUUUAUUUUUCCUUCAAUUAAAAUAAAUUCAACAUUGAGCAGUUGGAACGGAUAUUAUUUGGUCGUUAGGGCCAUUUCCAGUGUUUAGUUUAGAUAUUCAGAUAUUUAGCAAGUCAACAAACUAAAAAAAUGUCAGGUGACAAUAAUUUUAAAAGCCUCCCAGAAGAAGCACCAACCAACACCACAAUGGAAGAGAUCAAGACUGAUAAAAUAAAAAUGAAAAAACACAUGGGUCUUCUGGAAGGUGUAGCCAUCAUACUGGGCAUCAUAUUUGGUUCUGGAAUUUUUAUAUCACCAAGAGGCGUUAUCCAAGAAGUGGACUCCGUUGGGUUCUCCUUAGUCGUGUGGGUUCUUUGUGGACUAUUGUCCAUGAUUGGAGCCCUAUGCUAUGCCGAAUUAGGAACCUGCAUACCCAAGUCGGGUGGUGAUUAUACUUAUAUCAAUGAAGCUUAUGGGUCUUUGCCUUCAUUUUUGUAUUUGUGGGCUGCCAAUGUGAUAUUUGUUCCCACAACAAAUUCGAUUAUGGGACUGACUUUUGCGAAAUACGUGAUACAACCAUUUUUUCCUGACUGUGACAUGCCUGAUUUAGGCGUGAGAUUAGUUGCUGCUGCUGUAAUUUGUUUUCUAACAUUCCUAAACGGAUACAAUGUGAAAGCUACAAUGAAAUUGCAAAAUAUUUUCAUGUUUUGCAAAUUGGGCGCACUCGUUUUGAUAGUUUUAAUUGGAGUCGUAUGGAUGUCUUUGGGUAACAUGGGCAAUUUUUCGAAUUCUUUUGCUCAUACUACUCGGAAUCCUGGUAAAAUUGCUAAGGCAUUCUAUAGUGGCAUCUUUUCUUAUUCUGGAUGGAAUUAUUUGAAUUUUAUGACUGAAGAACUUCAAAAUCCAUUUGUAAAUUUACCAAGAGCAAUCUAUAUUUCCCUACCCCUUGUAACUGGUAUCUAUGUUCUGGCAAAUAUGGCUUAUAUGUCAGUAUUGACUCCAGACCAAAUAGCUGCCACAGAUGCCAUUGCUGUGACAUUCGGCAACGCUGUCCUUGGAAAAUAUAGCUGGUUCAUCCCGAUACUAGUGGCAAUCUCAGCAUUUGGCGGACUGAGUGUACACAUAAUGUCUUCGUCCAGAAUGCUGUACGCUGGAGCAAGAAAUGAUCAAUUCCCAAUUAUGCUAGGACAUUUGAAUGUGAAAACUUUGACUCCGGUGCCUAGUUUGUUCUUUUUGAACAUACUUUCCCUAAUCAUGCUUUGCUCCAGUGACAUUCAGCUUUUGAUUCACUAUUGUACAAUUGUUGAAACAUUUUUUGUUACUCUGUCAGUUUCUGGAGUCCUAUACAUGAGAUGGAAAUAUCCAAAAAUGGAACGACCAAUCAAAGUCCACAUUGCAGUUCCAAUUAUUUUCGUGAUUAUUUGUGUAUUUCUGUUGAUUUUGCCUGUUGUCGAGUCACCAUUGGUACUACUGGGUGGUUUAUUGAUUACUUUGAGUGGAGUCCCAGUAUACUAUUUUGGCAUUAUGCAAGGAAAGAGACCAGAGAAGUUCGAGAACUUUAUGAAGCACGCAACGAUUUUGUGCCAAAAAAUAUUUUUGUCUGCGCACGAGGACGAGUAACAAAAAUAGUAAUUAAUGGAAGAAAGCUAUAAAACUAAAUUAUUUAAAUUUAAAUAUUUCUUUCUUAUUCCCUUCAAACUGCUUUAAUGUUGACAAUGCUUUGCCACCAGUUCAAUUCUGGCUAAUAAUUUUUGUAUUUUUUGAAUCUCAAACCCUUGGUUAAUUUUUUUAAUUUUUUUUUUCUUUCUUCUUUCUACUUUGAGCAUGUAUGCAAAUGAGGUCUAAAUGGUCUUGCCUGAUUUGCAUCCGUGUACGCGGCCCUAUAUUUUUUGUACUUAAAUUAUAUGUAUACAGGGUCAAUAAUUAUUGUAGCUGAAUUUAAGGUUUUUGUGUUCAUUUCUCAAGGAUGUUCUUCAUUAAAAUUGCUCAAAAGUGAUGUGAGUGGUUGAAGUUGAAACAUGUGACUGAAUUUAUUUGUCACAACUGUAUUUAGUAAAGUUGCUGCUAAAACAUUGCUUUUGCUGUUGAUACUGAGUAAAAAUUAAAUUGGUUUAUGGCAAGUUUGUCACUCCUCUGAUCAGAAAUUGCUGCUUUUUUGUUGUAAGUAGAAUCGAGACACGAGUGUCUUUUUCUUACACUUCUGAUAUGGGAAUUAGGGAGCAAGGAUUAAUUUUCUCUUAGCGUGCCAUUAUUAGCAAAAUAAAUUUUUCUUCUUGGAAAAUGCAUUUACAAUGAAAAUAAUCAUCAUAAAAGACCUACUGGGUGGUUUGUGAAUGCUGCUGAAAGAUGCUAACUUCUAGAUUUUUUGCUCAAUAACUGCAGUGAUUACAGUUAAGUUUUGCGGACUUAGCAUUGUGAAUAGUUAUCUAUUAUCUAUUGAAUUUAUGUUUUUAAUCAGAUUCAAUCGCAACCAUUCCAUCAUUAUAGAAGAACAUCGUUGAGUUUAGAUCUAAGUUUUAGUACAAUAUUUGAAGUAAGUUUUUCCUAAUAAUAUCUAAUAAGUUUGUUAAUUAACCAAAAAUUAGGUUUGUGAUUUAUUACGGUUUUGCUCAGUAUUUAGUUUUAGUUUGGUUUGUUAGGCACCUAUUUGUUUUUUAGAAUUAAUUUUGUUUUGCCUAAUUUGAGUGGGAAAUUUAAUGCUUAGUAAAAUAAUUGUAAAUAUAAAUUUAAUUUCGGGAAACUCCCAGUGAUUCUGAAAAAUCCUUUUCAUUUUGUAACGUUAUAUAAAUAUAAAAUAUUGUUUUGGAA